AUGCAAGAUGAGAAUCGCCGCAGGGAUCUCGAUUUCUUUCAGAUUUACAGCGGGGAUGGCCAAGAUCGUGUGCUUUCUGAGUACCAGAAGGCAGGGCUGAAGGCCGUGGGCAUGGUUGAGGAGAUGGAAGCACACAUGUGCCAACUGGCCCACAACAUCGGAGCCUGGACUGUGACGACCCAGAGCCGAAACUCCGAGAAUCGCCUCUUUCAGUCCGCUACGAUGAUGGCAACCAUGCAUGCGAUCGGCAUGGAGAAGGAGUUCUUCAUGAUGGGAGCUUUCGGACAUCGACAUGUGCACCCCACCGUGCUAUGCGGCACGAACAUCUGGCUCCUUCGCUCGCUGUCCGCUCUCGGCAAGAACAUGGACUUGAAAAACGUGUUCCAGAACCGGGCAACGACCGUUCGCGGCAGCGGGAACCGUGGCGAGCCAUGCGGCGACUACACGAUGACCUUUGCACGAGUUGCGAGCCUUUCGAGUCGGCAAGUGUGGUUUCCCGGAACAGAAGUUCGGGAUGAUUGCGAGCUUGUGCUUCGCAACCUCGUGGUCAUUUUGCUGGGCGCUGAAUCCCGGCAGACAUCAGACUGUUGA